AUGGCCGAUUCUGGGUUUCUUUCUGAUAUAGACGAGUCGGCAGUGGAGGAACUUAUCUCUCAGGCACAAGAGCUAUGUGUUCUGGAGCAAGUAUCUGCAAUUAACUGCUCUGGUUUCAAUGAUUCCGACCUUCCCAGUGAGUUGGAGAAUCGAUUUCGUAAACUCAAAUCGUUCCCUCUCACCAAAUCCGGCUACGGAUCUACUGGGAACAGUCGUUGCGACAAGGCUCUGUAUGGCUCGAAGAGCGAUUUGAGUAAGAGCGAAGUGAAAGGUGAAGCAGAUGGCGAUGGUGCUGUGUUUGGUGAGCAAAGUGGGCGUUUCUCGGGUUCCAAGAAAAAACCAGAUUGGAAUUUGGGUUCGGAGAGAGGAUCAUCCCCUUCGAAUUCUGAAAUAGGGGAUGAGAAAUUGUCGGGUGAGAAGAAAAACCCAAAUGGGAAGAAGGGUUUGCAGAAGAAAUUAUCCAAACCCCGGUCCAUUUCGUCUUCUUCGGAUUCAUCUUCAAAUGAUUUAACUGAAAAUGCGAUUUUCUCGCCAUCCAAGCAAACCCCGCAUGAGAAAAAGAAAACUAAACCGAAAUUAAAGUCUGGUUCUUUGUCUUCUCCUGCGGGCUCUCCAAAUUCGUGGAGGGAUUCACCAUCUCCACCUCGGAAAACCGGCUGUUUCUGGUGUUCUCCGAAGAAAGUUUCCAGGCAAAAGAGCAGAGAAAGUAAGGCAUUGGACAUGGAUCUUGACUGGGGGAAAAAUGAUGACUUGCUAUCCGAUCUGACUACAUUUUCAGUGAAGGAGCAGCAAAAGAUUCUCAAGAUGGCAAUGAAGGAACAGCAGAAGAUCAGCCGUGAAUCAGAGAAAAUCGUCAAAUGGGCAAAGCAGGCAUCAGCAAGGAUGAGUUUCCAUGACAUUGAAGAUGAGCUAAGUGAUGAUGAGAUCACAAGGAGAGUGAUCAUAGUUGUUUCCUCCAAUUGUUUUGCUGACUGA